UUAUUGAGUACCGUUUGAUUUUCAUCAUGGCAAAAUUGUGGUAGAUAGAAAUCAGCCAUUCAUUUGAUGGUUCAUGGUUCAUACUAGGUACACAUGCAGUACGGAGUGGGUACAUGCAGAGAUGGUACCUAUCAAACCGCUACGACUAUGCGGAUGGGCGCGCGCUGUAGUGGUUACUCCAGUGCUGUACAAGCUGAGUAGGCAACUAGUACCCGCCCGUCUCAACCACAUAUCCUUCCAGGACGGCAAGGACAGGUCUUAUAGCCAACAUUCAUCAGAGGCAAAUCUGGCCUUCAUAGUGCACGUAUACGCCGUAAUGCGGUGACAUGUCGUCCAACGCCGAGAUUCGGAAACGUCAACAUGAUCGCGCCUUGGAAGCAGCGCGCUGGUUGUAUGAAACCCAGAAAGCCGAGCUCCUCGAGGACCCCAAUCGACAUCGCGCUACCAUCUCGUCUACGCGAAUUGCCGCUGAGAGGUUUGGCGUUGCCAAGUCCACCGUAGCUCGCCAGCUCGUGAACUUGAAGAACCCCAAGCCAAAGCCUGCUGCUGCGUCUCGGAGCAUUGGCCGUCCGAGUCGCCUUACCGAUGUCGAAGAGCAGAUGCUCUCUUUCCACAUAUUUAUGUUGCGACGUGGGAAACGGUCGGUCAACAGAACCGUGGUACAAGAUGCUGCCGAUGCACUUCUGUCGCUGAGAAGUCCACCUGGGCAGCCCAUUAGCCCCAGCUGGGUGAGACGAUGGCUACAACUUGAUCGGGCCAAGCGCGAUGCCAUGGUGAGGACCAACGGCAUACCUUCAACUGGACAGCCAGUAGAAGCCGAGGCUGACGAGGCCGACGACGAUGAUGACUGUUCUAACGAAGAUGCACUAAGCGACUUAGAAGCGGCGGGGUUAAACCCGUAUCCUUCUGUCAAUGAGGCCUCACCUAACCUGGAGCCGUUGCUGCAAUGGAGAGCAAACAACUAGGCUAAAACUCGCAUCAUUACUACAUAACAGUUGCCGCCAUUUUCUUCAUACCCUAUUGUUCUUUACUGCCAGCACCGAGUGGUCAAUCUGCCUAAGUUUUCUUAAAUUUUGCGAAUAGGGCUGGAGAGUGUUCACGGCUACGGGAGCAAGGAACAUAGAGCACAAGAUGAUCGACAUCACGAACUGAGUUAUUCCUUUCUGAUGGCACUGAUCGAAUAUUAGGAACUCAACACACUAUUUGUUCACGGUGGUAUUUCCUAUUGCUGCUAUCAGCUGGACUACUUCUUGAAAUCGAAUCCGAGUAGU